CAAGGUAAGGUGAUGCAUAAAUAGUCUUUAAGCUUUCAUGUGUGUCAAUUCCUGUAAAGUAAUUUUCUACUCUUAGUCAUACAUAUAUUUCAUCUCUGGAGUGCAACGAAUAGAGACGUAAACAUACUUGGAAUACAUACUCGUGCCCCCGCGAGAUUUUCAGGAGUUUAGUUGUGCAAAUGCCACGUCUGACAAGCAGCAUCAACGCAGACGGAACUAUCAGCUUCUUUUUGUCUCAAGACAAAAAGUUAUUUAGUGGCAAAAUAAGCCAAUAUAUAGGACACUAUUUGGGUCUAAUAUGGGCUGUUUACGUCUGCUGACACUGACACUGGCUGCUUCUGCUGUACUGCUGUUAACCUCUCAAUCGGCUAAGGCUCACAGCCAUUCCCAUGGAGACCACGGGCACAGUCACCACGGCCACUCUCAUGGGGAGGAUGACGGACACUCCCAGGUGAAGAUGUUCCACGGAGCGAGCAAGUGGAGCGCUGAGGCCAACCUGCCUCAGCACGAAGAGGAGCAGCACCAUCACGGACACGAUCAUGGACAUGGACACGCACACUCCCAUGAUCACGGACACGCACACUCCCAUGAUCACGGACACGCACACUCCCAUGAUCAUGGACACGCACAUUCUCACGGACAUGGACGCUCGCAUGGAUCAGAGAGAGCAAAGAGAGAAGUAGAUGGAGAGAAGCGUGACUUAGUGGAGCUCUGGACUCAGGCAAUCGGAGCCACCCUGUUGAUCAGUGCGGCUCCUUUCCUCAUCCUGUUUCUGAUCCCAGUCCAGUCCAACAGCGACCAGCACCAGAACCUGCUCAAGGUGCUGCUGAGCUUUGCUUCUGGUGGACUGCUGGGCGAUGCCUUCCUGCACCUCAUACCACACGCUCUUGAGCCUCAUUCCCAUGAUGGAGAGGGAGAUGAGGAACACGCUCAUGCAAGUGAAGAGUCACAUGACCACGGUCACUCCCACGGAGCCGCCCAUGGUCACAUGAUGUCUGUUGGUCUGUGGGUUCUCGGGGGAAUCAUCGCCUUCCUGGUUGUUGAAAAGUUUGUGCGCCUGCUGAAGGGAGGACACGGACACUCCCACAGUCACUCUCACGCUGCUGCCAAAGAAAAGGACAGUGAUGGAGAAGAGGAGAAGGAAAAGAAGACAAAAGAGAAGAAAACAAACAAAGGUGCAAAGGUGGCAGAGCCUGAGGAGAAGAAGGGAACAGAAAUCAAGGUGUCCGGUUAUCUGAACCUAGCAGCCGACUUCACACAUAACUUCACCGAUGGCCUGGCAAUCGGAGCGUCAUUCCUGGUCAGUCCAGCUGUUGGCGCUGUCACCACUCUGACCAUCCUGCUUCAUGAGGUCCCACAUGAGAUUGGGGAUUUUGCCAUUCUCGUCCAGUCUGGCUGCACUAAAAAGAAGGCUAUGUGUCUGCAGCUGCUGACCGCAGUGGGAGCUCUGGCCGGGACGGCUUGCUCCCUGCUGGCUGAAGGUGUGGGCGCCACGGCGACCGCCUGGAUCUUACCCUUCACAGCUGGCGGGUUUGUUUACAUCGCCACGGUGACGGUGCUCCCCGAGCUGCUGGCGGGCCGCUCCAGUUUCGGCCAGUCUCUGAUGGAGAUUCUGGCGCUGCUGUUUGGAGUCGGCAUGAUGGUGCUGAUCGCAGAGUACGAAUGAAGCGCUUUUCUUUGGAGCGGACAGAAACUUUUACAGCACAAGAGAAAGAACUGAGACACUGACAGGGAAAAUUACGCAACAUUUACAUGAUUUUUUUUGUUUUGUUUUUAUUGCUUUUUUUUUUUUUAUCAAAUUGACAUUUAUGCUGUUUUGUUUUUUAACCAGAAGGGUCAAUGUUUUCUGAAAAAAAUAAAUAAAUGAGGUAUGGAAAGAGAAUAGUGGAUACAAACUGAUAUCAGAAUAAGGAGUUCUGCAGUAAAAUGGUCUGUAAAUUCACCUGCUACUCAUGUUAAAACAACCAUCCAACUUUCAGUGUGACUGCUGCAUAAAAGCAGAGCAGCUCCUCAGUACAAGAGAAGAAUAUUUGUUCUACAGUGACCUGCAAGUAUAAAAUCCUUUCUAAAAAAUCUUUGUUGGACACUGAAUGUCAACUUUGUUUUACAUUCCAUGCAAAAUGAUGAUGUUGCUUUUGUUGUUGUGGUCAAACUGUGCCUCACGUUUUAAAUUUGAUUUAAUUUGCUUGAAGAAAUAUUUUUCAGCACCUUGUUUUCCUGAGAUGAAUUUUGCUGAAUGUCCCCAAAUAAAGGUUCAUUAUUUUCUAA